AUGACCCCGGAGAAAGUCAGAGUAAGCAUUUCCAUGAGCCCCCCUAUACUUCUGAUAGACUACUCACGCGCAUUAACAUUAAAUGGGGCAGCAGUGGUGCGCGUUGAAGCACCCUCAUCUAUGAAGAACCAUGACCCCAUUGACCUAGUCACACUUAUCAAUAUUAACCAAAGCAUGAGCUGGCCAGCAGCAUCGCAAACAGAGAUGUCAUCUAGGUUGGAUCUGCUGAAAAAUGCCAUGAAGUUCAUAAUAAGGCAGCUUGGUGAUGACGACCGCCUAGCCAUUGUAGCAUUCAACGAUCAGGUCAUCAAAGAGUAUACCACUGGCAUUUUAGAAAUAUCCGACAUUGGUCGGAUGGCUAUCGAGAAAAAGGUGGAUGGGCUUGUGGCUAAGGGUGACACUGCUUUUAAACCAAGCUUGGAGCAUGCUGUGAAGCUCCUGGACGACCGAGCGGAUAAGAAGCGUGCAGGCUUCAUCGUUCUAAUUUCGGAUGGUCUAGACAGCCAGUUCAAAUGGGGCGAUGAUAGUAUCGCCCCCACGGAUCCCAUCCGAGGCCUCCUCCGAAAGCGGUUUGCUGAUAACAAGGAUCGACUCUGGGGGUUACAUACUCCGGGGAGUUCCGGAGGCAUCUUGGUUGGCACGCUCUAUGCUAGGGAGGUGAAGGACUUCAUUGUCUACUUUUCUUAUCGUACCGGGAUUUGGUCGCAGGGUUACAAUACAACUUUGAAUGGGAUUGCUGCUAGUGUCACGUACAAGGAAGCGCCGGGCAGGCAGUCGACCGCCACUGACUCUUGCUCAGUGUCACUCCCAGUUCACGUGACCGAUACUGCAACUGCUCCUGCAAAUCCCUGCCCACCCUACCCCUUGGUCCUGCAGCAGAUGGUCCGGUUCAAGGUGCUAGACUUUCUUAUAAGCGUUCUGAAGGAAUUCCAGGUCUUGAAGGAGGAGGCUGCAGGUGCUGUCCAUGGGAAGGAAGGAGAUGACCCGGUCUUGCAGGCCAUCGCAGCGAGCUUGCUGGAGAGGAAGUGGAAGGAGUUCAAGCAGUCCGAUGAAUCCUGGAAAGAAGCCCCGAGGAACUUCCUUGACCUGGGAGGCAUCGACAAGGACAUCAACGCCAUGGUGGGUAUCCUGAAGCAGGGCUUGGGUGUUGGAUGCAUCUACUCAUGGCUAUCGAGCUAUCAGAUGCAGCGCGCGACAACUACAGGCUUGCCAGGAGCUCACAUGGUUGCAACCGGCCAAUUCCGCACGCCAGCGAUGGACGCAAUGGUGCAGGAGGCCCAUAGGCAGCUGGCCAAGGAAGCAUCCGCCCAAGAUGCGGGGACGUCAAUUGUCUGCAAGCGCGCCGCCGAGCUUCUGGACGGGGUCAACAAACGAUUCGACCUCUGGUGCAAGCUGGACCAUGACUUGCCGCGCACUAACCAACCGCCAUCGCACCAGGAAGAAGGCCAUGAGUCCCGCGACAUCACCGCCGUCCUACGUGGGGACAUCAACCGAGCGAGGCAGCAUGACAUAUACCUGGCUGCCGAUCACGCGAUCAAGCAAUGGCGCAGCUUCCUCGCAUCCGUGGAGAAGACGCAUGGCCAUGGGCCGGACAAGUAG